AUGGCCUCUAGAGAACCCUCUUCCCACAAGAAGAAAGUGAAGAACUGCAAUCGGAUUCAGCCUCCUCCGACGAUGAAAGUGGUGGCGAAAUCCAGAGGCGCCGUCCAGGAUACAGGAAGGAGAAGACCGUUGAGGCGGCAAAAUUCCCCGGCGGAUGCAUUACCAGGCUGUGAAGCGACGAGGAAGAGCGCUGAUAUGGCUGCCUUUUACGAUUACAUUAAGGGGAAUCUGAAGUUCGAGUCUUCGAAGGAGCAGCUGAGGAGAAAGGUCAAUAGGUUGAAGCAAAGGUACUUGAAUGCCCUCAAGAAGGGAAAAAAUGGCGAGAAUCCUGUCUUCUCGAAUCCCCCGAGGAUAGGCUAUGGGGGGACUCCGGAAGGAACACCGUUGAGAAGGGCCAAAAUUCGAAAAGCGUUGACCUCAAAGAGAAGGAAGCUACGGACUCCAAAAAUUAAGUUGAAGGAUAAGAAGAACGAACAGGAAAAAGAAAACUAUUUCAACAAAGCUAAUGCCAAUGGGGACCAUAGAAAUAGUGAGAUGAUGAGGUCUUUCUUGAUGGGAAAAGAGUUGAAAGGUUUUGAUAAAAGGACUUUGGCGGCUGCAAAGCACUUGCUCAAGGAGGGGGAAAUGGAAGAUGAAAAUCAAAAGACUUGGAAAAAACUGAAUAUUGAGUAUACCAAGGUCUUGUUGAUGCAUUCGAAGGCGAAGACAAAACAGGCGAAACAUCUCCAACAGUCCAUCAACUCCUAG